AUGGCCUCUAUCGAAAGGCCGUGUGGUCUGGAGUUUGGCCGAGCUUUUGAGGGGGCACGCUCAGUGCUGAGCGCAGAAUGGGCAAAAUUAGCUACGCAAAGCUCUUACUUGGCGUACUGGCACAAGUGCGCAAGAGUGAAGCUGGCGGAUGAAAUGCUUAAAAUACAGAAAACUGCCAACGCACAGUUUCAUGAGAUGGAUACCCAAUUGGCCCAGACAUAUCAACAGUUGCAGCAACUGCCGACAGAGCUGGAUACAGCUCGUCAAUGCGAAUAG